AUGAAACAAGGAAAACGAUCAAGCAGUGUGGAUUCUUCAAAUGAUAAAGAGAUAUUUUUUCAAUGUCGUGGAAAAAAACUCGGUGUUACUGAAAUUACUGACAAUGAAUCAUUUUCACGUUUUUCAGCUGAUCAAAUUAUAAAAAAACAUUUGGCUAAAGGUCAUACAAAUAUUAUUAUUAGUUGUUUACAAGAUAGAAUGAAAUUUACUAAAACUUCAUCAAUAAUUCCACAUUCAACACGAAAAUAUGCAGAAUAUAAAGAUAUUAAAAAUUUCUUUGUUUUUACAAGUAAACCAGGUGUAUUCGUAUUAUGUAAACAUGAUUCUGUGACAAAUAAAAAAACUUAUGAAAGUUUCUGUUGUGAUGAUCCAUCUGAUUUAGAAAAAUUAACACGUUUAGUCAGUUCAGCUAAAAAUAAUUCAGAUCAUAGAUUAUAUAAAAGUCAAAAUACAUCAAGAUCAACUAUUGAUAUGAAUAAUGAAAUUUCAGCUGCUGAAUUAUUUGAAAGUAGUACAAAUUUAAAUAAUGAAUCAUUAAGUUAUCAAAGUGGAUUUUUACGUGAUACUGGAUCACCUGUAACUGAAGCAGUUGAUCGUAAUGAAGUAUUUCCUAGUACUUCACCAUUUUCUCCAUCACAUACUUAUAAUAAUUUAACUUCAGUUUCAGUUAGUGAUAUGCCAAAUGAACAUGAAGCAAAUGGUUAUAUUGAAAAUAAAUCAAAUAGUAAUAUAAAUCGAAAAAAGAUUCAUAUAAUUCACCAAAUGGAAUGA